AAUUCGACUCUUCCGCGAACGCUAGGGGUGACGCGCCAGUAUGAGUCGACUGCUGCCGCUGCUGUUUUGAGAGGUCAUGGCCAGGAAAAUGUCUCGAGGAAAACUAAUGCUGGUCGAUUGACUCCAAGAACACAAACGCGGUUCCUUACGAGAGGCAUUGAGAGUAGCAAGGGAGGCUGGGCUGGCUACACACUUGCCCGCGACCUCGACCCCAAGAAGUACCAGGUCGUCGUCGUAUCACCUCGUUCUUACUUUGUCUUCACCCCUCUCCUCGCAUCAACCUCCACCGGCACCCUCGAGUUUCGCACAGCUCUCGAACCCGUCCGUUCCCGUCGCACCAAAGUAGAGUUCUUCCAAGGCUGGGCUGAUUCUGUGGAUUUCGCAACCAAGACACUGAAAGUAGAGGAAGCUGUCGAGAACCCAUGGCAGGCUAUGGCUUUGACGGCCGAUGGCCGCGAAGAUCAGAAUGCAAAUCAGUUGGAGCAAGAGAAGGGUGCAAAAGCCAAAAAGGGCAAGAUGUUUGAGAUGAACUAUGACAAAUUGGUCGUGUCGGUCGGAUGUUACAGUCAAACCUUUGGAACCCCUGGUGUCAAGGAAAACGCAUAUUUCCUCAAGGAUGUUGGCGAUGCCAGAAAGAUCCGCAACAGAAUGCUUUCGUCUUCCCUCCCCACCACCAGCGAACAAAUGAAAAAACAACUCCUCAACUUUGCCGUCGUGGGAGGAGGUCCCACCGGCAUCGAAUUCUCGGCCGAACUCCACGACCUCAUUAGCGAAGACAUGGCAAAAAUCUACCCGGAACUCAUGCAAUACUACAAAAUCACCGUCUACGAUGUUGCCGAAAAGGUGUUGAGUAUGUUUGACGACAAACUUGCCAAAUUCGCAAUUGAACGCUUCACUCGCGAAGGCAUUGAUGUAAAGACUUCUCAUCAUGUUAAAUCGCUGCGCAGAGGUGCGCCGAAGAAACUCAAGGAAGAGGGUGGUGAGCAAGUGGUCAAAGAUGAUUCGAGUUGCUAUACGCUAGACCUUGAGGAAGAAGGCGAAGUAGGUGUGGGCAUGGUGGUCUGGAGCACAGGACUAAUGAUGAACCCAUUCAUCUCAAAAUCGCUCGCAAAACCCUACACCAUACCCAUUUCCAGCGCUGCUGUCGAGACAUCUUCAGACGCAAAGAGCUGGGCAAUUGCAACUCAUCCUCGUAGCGGUGGUAUAAUGACCAACGAUCGUCUACGCGUAAUCAUGCAACCCUCCACCUCAACAGCAAAAGACAACGACAAACCUAAAGGCAGAGCAAUAAUCAACGACGUCUACGCUCUAGGCGACUGCGCAAUCAUGGAGAACUCGGCUUAUCCAGCCACCGCCCAAGUCGCUAACCAAAAAGCUCGCUGGCUGGCCAAGCAACUCAACCGCAAUACCAUCGACAACAAUGCAUUCACCUACAAAGACUUGGGAGUAAUGGCCUAUGUGGGAGACUGGAACGCGAUCAUAGCCUCCUCCGGCGGAAAUGUCAGUGGAAGAGUCGCUUGGUUGGUUUGGCGUGGUGCGUACUUGGCAAAGAGUGUCAGUUGGAGAAACAGAAUUUUGAUCCCUACAUAUUGGUUUGUUAAUUGGUUGUUCGGAAGAGACAUCUCGAGGUUC